AUGGUCUACGCAACCACAUCACUCCUCCUCGCUCUAACAGCCCUAUUCCUCUACAUCAUCCAAAAACAAAGCAGACGCAAUCACAGAAGCCAACAACGUGGAUGUCAGCCCCCCGCUAAAUUAUAUUCAUACGACCCAUUCUUCGGACUCGAUGUCACGCUUCUGACGUCCAUGGAUAUCCCGUCCUUGUCGAGGCAUCAUGAAAAACUUGGUAAAACGUUCGAGGUCAACGCACUUUUGGGACUGUCGGAAGUAUGCACGGCUGAAACGGAGAAUAUCCGGGUUGUUAAUACUGCUGGGAAGGUUUGGGGGAUUGAGCCGUUUAGGUUACCAGGUAUGGAAUACCUAUGCGGUCGUGGUUUCCUAACAACAGACGGCGAAAUGUGGAAUCACUCGCGAAAGCUCCUCAAACCAACAUUUUCCAAAACCAACAUAGUCGAUCUAAGUCCUCUCUCAAAAGAGCUAGACAAAUUGCUUGAAACAAUUCCAGCUAAUGGGUCUGUCAUCGACUUACAACCUGCGCUCUCUAACAUGGUAAGUUCCAAUCAAAAAUCUCCCCUGCAUUUUGUAACAAUAGAUCCAGUUCUCGCAACGUCAAUGGAUUUCCUCCUAGGAGUAUUACCAAGCGACGAAACACAUGAAGCACCUCAUACACCAAGUGUAUUCAUCGCAUCCUUUCACGAUGCGAUAUUCCGCACCAUGUUCCGAGUCCUGCUCGGAAGACUCUGGGCACUGGUCCCAAAAGCAAUAUAUCUGAAAAACUGCAAGAUAUCACAUGAGUUCAUUGAUUUCUACGUCGGCAAGGCCUUAGAGUCACAGGCUUCUACAGACAAGUAUGACGAGGAAGAUCUUGAUGCAGCUCCAAGGCAGAGUAUGGUUCGUAGUCUCGCGGCGCAAACAGAUGAUAGGGUUCAUAUCCGAAGUCAGAUCAUUCAGGGGAUGUUGGCUUCUGGUGAGACGAUUUCUGCUUUGCUUGGUAACACACUUUUGGUUCUCUCACGACAUCCGAAAUAUUGGGAACAAGUGCGAGCUGAAGCUCUGAGAGGCGGAAGUGAUCUUUUCCAAUUCGAUGCUCUGCGUAACUCACUACGCCUAUACCCCGUCUUCCCCGUCCUCGCCCGAGUCGCCCUCAGUGACACCACCCUCCCAACCGGCGGCGGCAAAAAUCAAGACUUACCAAUCUUCGUCCCCAAAGGUAGUACAGUAGUAAUGAGCUACUACACACUGCACCGCGACACCUCCAUCUUUGGCUCAAACGUCGAAACCUUCAGACCCGAACGCUGGGACGAGAUACAUCCCGAGCAAUGGGAGUUUUUGCCUUUCGGUGGCGGUCUUAGAGCGUGUAUGGCACAAAAUAAAGUGCUUGUCGAGGCGGCGUAUGUGCUUAUUCGUUUGGCAGCAAGAUUUGAGGUGCUGGAGUCGGGUGAUGAGGUGCCGUGGAAGGGACAGUUGAUGUUGACUUGUAAGAGUGCCAAUGGAUGUAAGGUCUCGCUUCGGAAAAGGGGGGGAACGGCCCCACUUUGA